CGUCCAGUCGGUUUUUGGGGGCAUAAACGCGGCCAACCGUCCGGAGUCACAACGGUCAAACCGCUCGACAACGUUAACGGCGUCGUUCUUUCCUCUCUGCCUCCCUCCCUCCCCCCUUUCCCUCUUCAACACCAACCUCAAUUCUCCCCGGUGUCCCCCCCUCUCACCAGCCGGUAGAGAGGAGGGGGGGUCCAGAGCGUGGCCGUGACAGCGUAGGACCGACCGGCAUGGACCCCCGAGCGAAGGCUCGCGCCGGCCCGCUGUCGGGGGGCUUCGGCGGUCGUCCGGCCUCCCUCGGAGCCGACGGGGGGGACACGGAGUCCGGGGCCGGCUCGGAGGAAGCCGGCGUGGGCUUCGGCGACACGUUCAGCAGCCUGCCCGACAUGGAGCAGGAGAGCCUGGAGGAGAAGCUCCGAGGACUGGCGUUCAGAAAGCAGACGUCGUACCGGAAAGCCAUCUCCCGCUCAGGCCUCCAGCACCUCGGCCCGCCUCAGGCCUCGCCGGCGCCGCCGCCGUCCAACGGGCCCAACAAGGAGCUGCGGACCUGCAUGGACUGGACGGAGAACGCGCUGAACGGGGACCACCUGUGGAUGGAGACGAGCUGCUCAGGAGACCUCUGUUACCUGGGAGAGGACAGCUGCCUGCUGAAGGCCGCAAAGUCGGCCCCCCGGAGGAAAUGUGCCGCCUGUAAGAUCGUUGUUCACUCUGGGUGCAUCGAGCAACUCGAAAAGAUUAACUUCCGAUGUAAGCCAACCUACAGAGAGGGAGGAUCCCGCUGCAUGCGUGAUCAGAACGCACUGAGACAUCACUGGGUUCACAGAAGAAGACAGGAGGGGAAAUGUAGACAGUGUGGAAAGAGCUUCCAGCAGAAGUUCUUCCACAGUAAAGAAAUAAUCGCCAUCAGCUGUUCUUGGUGUAAACAAGCGUUCCACAACAAGGUGACGUGUUUCAUGCUGCACCAGAUCGAGGAGCCGUGCUCACUGGGGGCCCACGCUGGAGUCAUAGUGCCCCCCUCCUGGAUCAUCAAAGUCAGGAAACCACAGAGCUCACUUAAGAACUCUGCCAGGAGAAAAAAGCGGACAUCGUUUAAACGAAGGACGAGCAAGAAGGGACUUGAUGAGUCCAAGUGGCGUCCGUUCAUGUUGAAGCCUCUUCCUUCACCCCUCAUGAAGCCCAUCCUGGUCUUUGUCAAUCCCAAGAGCGGCGGCAACCAGGGCGCCAAGGUGCUGCAGAUGUUCAUGUGGAUCCUGAACCCUCGGCAGGUGUUCGACCUGUCGCAGGGCGGCCUGCGCGAGGCGUUGGAGUUGUAUCGCAAAGUGCCGAAUCUGCGGAUCCUGGCCUGCGGGGGGGACGGCACGGUGGGCUGGAUCCUGUCCACUCUGGACGAGCUGCAGAUGAACCCGCAGCCUCCGGUUGCGGUUCUUCCUCUGGGAACAGGAAAUGACCUCGCCAGGACGCUCAACUGGGGCGGGGGUUACACGGACGAGCCGGUGUCCAAGGUGCUGUGCCACGUGGAGGACGGGUCGGUGGUGCAGCUGGACAGGUGGAACCUCCACGUGGAGAAAGGCGCCGAGCAGCCGGAGGAGGGGACGCAGAAGCUGCCUCUGAACGUGUUCAACAACUACUUCAGCCUGGGCUUCGAUGCUCACGUCACGCUGGAGUUCCACGAAUCCAGAGAAGCCAACCCGGAGAAGUUCAACAGUCGCUUCCGCAACAAGAUGUUCUACGCAGGAGCCGCGUUCUCAGAUUUCCUCCAGAGGAGCUCGAGGGAUUUGUCCAAGCACGUCAGAGUGGUGUGCGAUGGGACCGAUCUAACUCCCAAGAUCCAGGAGCUGAAGUUCCAGUGCAUCGUGUUCCUAAACAUCCCCAGGUACUGUGCUGGCACCAUGCCGUGGGGCAACACGGGCGACCACCGGGACUUUGAGCCGCAGCGCCACGACGACGGCUGCAUCGAGGUCAUCGGCUUCACCGUGGCCUCCUUGGCGGCGCUGCAGGUCGGGGGUCACGGAGAGAGGUUGCACCAGUGCAGAGAAGUCGUCCUCACUACCUUCAAGACCGUACCUGUCCAGGUGGACGGUGAACCGUGUCGACUGGCUCCCUCCACCCUCCGCAUCUGCCUCCGAAAUCAGGCCAAUAUGGUCCAGAAGAGCAAGAGGCGCACCUCUGUGCCCCUGCUGAACGAUAUACAGAAGGUGUGUGCAGCUGAUCUGCGCCGCCUCUCUGCCCCCCCCGACUCCUUCUCUGUUCCUCACGCGGUUCCAGACCGCCUGCGUCUCCGGGUGAACCGGAUCAGCCUCCACGAGUACGACAAGCUGCAGUACGACAAGGAGCGGCUACGAGACAUCUCCAUCCCAGUAGGCAUUGUGGUGGUGAGGGGGGACUGCGACCUGGAGACGUGCAGACUCUACAUUGACAGAUUGCAAGAGGAUUUACUCCAGGCGCCAUCUACUGGUCACAGGGUGCACUACCAGGACGAGAGCCGAGGCGUCCCGAGGACGGGUUCCAGCGGCAGACUGUCCUCCAGCUGGAGCUUCUUGGACUCCACGUCAGCUGACCGCUUCUACCGCAUCGACAAGGCUCAGGAGCACCUGCACUUUGUGACGGAGAUCUGUCAGGAUGAGGUGUUCAUCCUGGACCACGAGGCCCCGGCGGCGAGCCAGGGGACGUCCGCGGCGAUGCCGGAUCUGGUGGUGGAGCCGACCGCCGGUGUUUCUCUGACAUCCGACGAACAAGCUCUGCUGACGGCUGCCAGCGCGGGAGAUCUGUCCACGCUGUCGGAGUGUGUGCGUCGGGGCGUCAGCCUGCUGGUCAGAGACUCCAGAGGUUGUUCGGCGCUUCACGUCUCCGCCCAGAAGGGACACGCCGAGCUGCUCAGCUUCAUCCUGCAGCCCGGCUCUAAAGUGCUUCUGGAUCUGACCGACAGAGAGAAGGGGGACACUGCCUUGCACAAAGCAGCCUCACAGAAGCAUCACGCCGCGUGCCGGUUGCUGGUGGGGGCCGGGGCGUCACUCGAAAAGACCAACUUUCUGGGGAAGACGCCGGCGGACGUAGCGGAGGGAGACUCGGAGCUCGCCACCUUCCUGAGCACCAAACAACACACGUCUACCACACAAGAAGACUUGGAGACGGCUGUCUGAGGCGCGCACACACACACACACACACACACACACGCACACACACACACACACGCACGCACGCACACACACGCACACACACACACACACGCACACACAUGUCUCUCGGCCUCCCUGGACUCGCACACACUCGUAGAGACGGACUGAGAUUUGAAUGGUCCACUUAAUAAUUUGUAUUUAUUUAUUGGUGUGGUAUUUAUUGUUUGUGCGGAUCGGUUGAGGAGGAAAGUGCACUUUGGGCGUUUUGGGAGAGCCGAACGUGUGGAGACACGUUUUCUGUUUUUAGUCACAUUACACAUUUUUAGAAACUGUAAGAAAAUGUGUUCGAUAAGCAUUUAUAAAACUGCUUCUGUUGAGAAAUGACCGUUUUAUAUAUGACGUUUAUCCCAUGAAACCUGUGUGCCAAAGACAUUACGUGGAUGUAGUGUCACUGAUCUCUGCUUUCAUACUACGUGACGUCGUGUGUCAUUUUAAAAGCUUCAUGCAGCCGAGGGAGGAAGGUUUCUACAUUCCUUAAUAUAUGACAUACGCUUAUAAUAAAAAAGAAAAUAACAACAGAAUCCCUUUCAGCUGAUUACACAAGAAGUCAAAUAGGUGAUAAAGACAUAGUGAAACUAAAACUAUCCCUCUUCACUGUUUCAGGAAACACGUCAAAAUAACCAGGGUCACACAAACGCAUCUUUAACCUCUCAUAGCAUCUGGUACUCCUGACCCAACACGGCUUUUCACACGCAGCGUGUGUGUGUGUGUGUGUGUGCGUGUGUGUGUGUGAUACGAUUCCUCAUUCCAUAUCAAACCUGAAGAGAGAAUCAGUUCAGCUGCAGCUUCUUGUUUCUGCUCUGCAGCAUGUAGGUAACUACAGACUGUGUGUAGCUGUGAUAGUGUGUGUGUGUGUGUGUGUGUGUGUGUGUGUGUGUGUGUGUGUGCGCGUGUUGCAGCAUUUAUCCAAGAAGAAGAUACAAAUCUGAGCCAUAUUCAAUGCAAUAUGAAUAGAUGACAUCUUUUGCAUUUCUAUUUAACCGUUUACAUUAAUGUACAUUGAAUGUGCGUUGUACUUCACAGCUGGUUGGUCACAUGAUUGUCCUGUUGUUUUAUUUUGUGUGCUUGUUUAUGGAUUGAACUUUUAAAACCACCCUGCAAGCUCUCUUUUGAUAUAACCUGUUGUAAGCUAAAUUCACAUGUAACGUAGGAACUGCUUUCCCCAAAGUGCUGGAGGGACGUGGAAUCAUCUGAAAGUGUCACUAAGACAUCGUAGGAAAAUCCCCUUUUCUCCUCAUGAGUCAUUGAUGACGGCUUAUGGGCUCUCGGCCUUUAUUCAAAGCAUCUUUUCUGUCACCUGACUAGAUUUCUUCCAGAAGGUUUCUCCUGUUGAAACUCGUGAGUAACGUUGGAAACAACAAGAAGCUGAGUUCACUUCCUUCUCCAUCUGUGAACAACAAAGGAAAGAGGACCCACAUUUCAGGCCUCUGUGAUUGGAUGACGCCUCCUGUCUUCCACAAGCGUUGCUGCGCAGGACUUGUGCGCGUGUCCCUGCGUCCCUCUGUCCCUCUGUCCCUCCGUCCCUCUGUCCCUCCGUCCCUCUGUCCCUGCGUCCCUCUGUCCCUCUGUCCCUGCGUCCCUCUGUCCCUGCGUCCCUCUGUCCCUCCGUCCCUGCGUCCCUCCGUCCCUGCGUCCCUCCGUCCCUGCGUCCCUCUGUCCCUGCGUCCCUCUGUCCCUCCGUCCCUGCGUCCCUCCGUCCCUGCGUCCCUCCGUCCCUGCGUCCCUCUGUCCCUGCGUCCCUCUGUCCCUCCGUCCCUGCGUCCCUCCGUCCCUCUCACAGGAAGCGUGCGUGGACGACACACACACACACACACUUUCUUUUGAGGAGCGACUCUUUGUUAGAUGGUGUCAGCGUUCCUUUAUGCAUGGCGUUCUCUUACCUCUUUGGGACUCUUUUAUGCUAACGGGAUAAAAGACGGCAUUAUUGUUGUUUUAAACUAUUUCAUUAUUAGAGUUUUAAAUGAUUUCUACCCCAGUUUUCCCUUCUUUGGUUGGACGUGUGGUUUUUCUUUGCUUUUGUAUUUCAUAUUUUUCUGCUGAUGAUGAUGAUGAUGAUGAUGACGAUGGGAUUACUUGAAGUUUGUUGUUUUAUUUUAUUCAUUUGUUAAAAGAAGAUGUGAUGCUGUAGUUUUUGCCUCUGACGUUAUUUCUUCACUGUGUUUCCUCUUCAGCCAAAAACAUUAAUUUCAAACUGGGACCCAACUGCAAUGAGGUCCUUUAUAUCGGCAUUAUAUCUGCAAAAUGACACAUCAAAAAACGUACAAAUUAAUACAUAAAUAAAUAUAUCAGCGAGAUAUUUGGGUCCACGGCUGGGCUACUUUGAGCUAAAUGCUAACAGCGACGUGCUAAACAUUUUCACCAUCCUCCUUUAGCGUGUUAGCGUGCUGUUGUCAUUUGGUCUGCAGGUGUUCAUCCUCUGGGGAGCAGGAAUGUUUGUGAAUAAUCUCACGGCAGUUUCACCACAAAUCUUUUUUUUCGGUCGGGACCAAAAUGAUCCGUCGAUCGAUUCACAAUCUUUUUCUGUUUUUUUAUCUUCCAGAUAAUCCAGACAAAAAGCACUUAACGCUCCAGUAUACGUUAGAAACACUAAGAAACGUGUGUGUCAUCAUUGAGCCUUUUUACAGGAAGCUACACAGAAAUUAUGACUAUAAAGAAAAAGAUAUGAAAUAGUUAAAUAGAUAUGAAUCUUCAGACUUGUGAAUUGUGUGUUUUUUCACUAAGGAGAAGGUGAUGGAUCAAUAAAGUUAAACUGCUGGACGUAUUUAUUCAACCGGCACCGACUGUUAAAAUAACAUUUAUACACUGCAGGUCAAAUAAAGGGCGCCUUAAACUUUUGCUUUUGGUAAAUGUUAUCUAUUAACUCUGAGGUAUAUUCUUAUAAUUAUUAUAUUAUCUCUGCUGGGGUUUGUUGGUCUUUAAAACAGCGCGUUGCAGCGUCUUCGGGAGUCGAACCCAAGCCUCCAACCUGCCGGUGAAAUGGAACCAGUUGAGUCUCAUUUAACUCAUGAACCCAAACCUGACUGUGAGCACGUGUUUCCCUUCAAGUGAACUCUCGUCCGAAAUGACUGUUGCCAAAAAACUUCCUGAAAGUGUCGCCAAGCCAGUCGGGUGGCUCAGGUGGUCGAGCUGGCCGAGUCUCACCUGAGAACAAAGCAGCCUGUGGAGGCCCGAAGAGGCGCGAGGACCUGGGGGGGCUUCUGGUCCCCGUCGGGUUAUUCCAGUAUUUCAAUUAUUAUUCCAGUUUGUUGGGUUUCUGCUUGGAGCACAAAAAGAGUCGCUAAAAAUAUAGAAAAUACAGUCGUGAUACACUUUGACUCUUGACUUUAACUCCACUUAUUAGACUUCAUUUGGACUUUUUGGUUCCUCAUUUUGAGUUUACACCCUCUGACUUUGACCUUUAAUGUCAUAAUUUGGGCUUUUGGCUCAUUGUUUUAACCCCGUAAACCAAAGUGAUCAUUACUUCUACCUGUGGUUUUUACUGGUCGAAAUGGCUUCUUAUUGAUCCCAACUUUCACUUCACAAAGACACGUAGUCUGACAAAAGAAAUAAAUAUGUACCAAAAUAGUUUGUUUUGGUUAAUGUGUAACGUGCUGAGUCAUGUGGGCGUGUUGGACUCAUGUGCUCCUUCCAUAUUGUUUUUCUCCUCAUGAAUCAGACGUCAGUCAGCGAAGAUUCAGAAAUGCGUCACUUCUUGGAAAGAGGGGGAAUUGUAUGUCGUCCCUUUCUAGACGUUUGUUAAGGCUUUAAACAAUAACGACGUGGUAGAUUCGUUUGUUAGGGGCCCGACAUUUUAAUACAUACAUGAAGAAGAAGAAGAAUGUCUUUUAUUUUGGUGUUAAACGAGGCUUUUAACCUUUCAAAACAAAACAAAAACUGGCUUUGAGGUUCUGUAAGUUUCUGUCACAAAAAAAAAAAAUCCCCGCCUAUUUAUUUCGGGAGGAACUUUUGUGGGAAAUGUUUAAGGGAAGAAGAGAAAUAAAAUAUGUGUGUAAUAUGAGGCAUAAGGACAAAGCAUGCCAGACUGUACAGCUGUAACAACAUUUGAGUAAUCAUUUUAGAAUAAAUGAACGCUUAAAAGGUU